UCAGAGCCCACUGAACUCCACAUGCCCCUUUGCAAUCGAAACUGAACCGCGACUGUAGUCGCACCCAUACCUAUCGAGAGGACUGUCCAUGAGACGAACGAAAACGUAGAGCAUAGAGGUUGACAGCUAGAGGCGUGAUGAGGAGCGUCGAACAGUAGAUACCGAUAGCUCAUUAUUAUAGAGGACAUUGCCAAUUGUUAAUAGGAAAGCAGAUGAAUUCGUGAAAUAAUCCCUACAAUAUUUAUUUUGUAUUUACCAGUGCUAAGUAGAAGCUAGUCAGGUGAAAAUUGUGAAAUUUAUAUGCUAAGCUGUAUUAUGCUAACUAUUCCCAUAACCGUGAUUACAGAUAUUGCUGAUGAUUUCCCUCUAGCCCAAACUGAAUUAUAAACACUAUCUGGUUAUUUAUAAGUGUCUAGUUAAAGAAUUGAAUUUGAUUAAUCCCUAUCUCCACGAGCCGACGGGUUUUAUGUAUUUAAAUAUAGACGUCAGUUGAUCCAAAAAGAGUAUUCAAACAGAAAACCUAGUUGAGUGGUAGCGUACACUACAGAAUUUUGUAAUUCUACAAUAAAUUAACAAAAUCAUCCAAACCCUACCGCCCAACAUCUUACAAAAUUCUGUAAGAAGAAUCAGAAUGUCCAGGAAAUCGCCAUCAAUAUUGUCUGGAGCUGGCUCUGGCUUGAUAGCGGACAGUCAUCCGCCAGCAGUAGGCGCCAAUGGUAGCGCUCCUGAGGAUCAAGGAACUCCACAUCACAACAACGCUGUGGUCACCGAUUUAUCCAACCUGUCCAUCGUGAACAACGCGAAACGCGGAACGAAGAGUGCAGUAGAACCGGUGGCGUGUGCAAAGGGCAACGCAGCUGUGGUAACGGGAGUGCGUUCCCUCCCCCCUCAGGUAAAUGCUGACGUAGCCAAUGUUGGAAAUUCCCUAGCCAGGGGAACAAAGCCCAAGCUUAAAUCUGGUGCCGGAGCAAGUGUCACUGUCGCGAAGAAAUCCGUUCAGCCAUUAAAUACUGAUAAACAAACGGUUUUGAACGCGCGUGAAAACCUACCGAUCCGCGUACGGGUAACUCGGUUUAGUCACUGUGAAUUGUGUAACGAACGUGAUACCAGCAGAAUGGUGCAGUGCGAUGGUUGCGAUCUGUGGUAUCAUUUCUCGUGCGUAGAAGUGUCAAGUGGCAUAGCGAAUUGUAGUUGGAGUUGUCCAUCAUGCGGUCCAUGUAUCAUCCCAGAUGUCAUUGACGAGGAGCCACCAAACCCAACAGGAAAUUUUCCAGUAGAUCCACCCCCCCACCGUGCGAGCUCGCUGAAGUCGAUGGGAAAAGCAGAUAGUAAUCGCAGUAACCAACGAAAACUCUCGCGGCGGUUGCAAAUGUUGGAAGAACAAAAACGGCUGGAGCAGAAGUAUCUGGAAGAAAAGUAUAGAAUCUUGGACGAAGAGGACGGUGACGAAGAGACUAUAGAAGACGAACUAGGAUCUAUGGAGAUGUCCAAAGUAAGAGAGUGGCUGCAAAAUACCAACCAAUGCGGAGAUUAUGAUUCGGGACUUGUCGAAGAAGAAGGGAAUGAACCAGUUCAACCUAAGAAUUAUGAGGCCAUGUACAGUAGGCUUGCAGGAAGACGCUCUACGCUACAUGAUUUCAAUCCGCAUCAACGAUCAACGCCACGAGAAAGGUUUUCAGAGAUUAAUCAAGUGAGGACUUCCGGAUUGCAGAGAACUUCAAUGUCGGCCGCCGCUACUGGAAGUAUGCUCCACCGACCAUCUGUUGCGGAGAUCACAUUCGGUCGACCAGGUUUAAACACAGUUCCUGAGAGGCGACGCAUGACUGGUGCAGCAGUGCAGUUUCGUAACCCACUUGAUAAUUCUUCUUUUCAUCAAGCACUUCCUACCGCCGGAGUGCAAGUCCCGGAUGCGGGUGUUCGUCAGGCAGCGCCGAUUCCCGCGUGUCAGCAGAUGGAGUUGAACAGUUAUCAGCCUUGUCGAAGUUAUCAGCCCGCUGGGAAUCAAUUACGUUCUGAAGUGGAGCCCCGUUACAGUGAAGAGAAUGUGUGCAUUCUCAAUCGGAGUCAGUUGGCGGCAAGACAAGCUGUGUCCAAAGAACUGCCGGAUUUUUACGGAGAUCCCGAAGACUGGCCGUUGUUCAUUUCCAUGUAUAACUCAUCUACGCAGAUGUGUGGAUUUUCUCAUGAAGAGAACAUGCUGCGUUUACGAAAAUGUCUUAGAGGAAAGGCCCUGGAGGCCGUACGGUGCAGACUACUCCACCCAUCGAACGUGGCUAGUGUGAUUUCUACUCUUAGAAUGUUAUACGGCAGGCCAGAAGCAAUAGUGCAGGCGUCCAUCAGGAAGAUACGAUCGCUGCCAUUGCCACAGGUGGAGAAAUUGGAAACAGUGGUUAAUUUUGCACUGACGGUUGAGAAUUUGGUAGCAACGGUUGAAGCAUGCGGAGUUGAAGAUUUUGUGUACAACGCGUCAAUUAUAAUUGAAUUGGUAGACCGUCUACAUCCUGGAUUAGAGCUGGAUUAG